CGUCUACACACGGAGCUAUUCAUUAGAAACUAAUUACUGACGCAAAUCACUAACCAGUUUACGUUUAGUCACUAACUAUGUUGUCCAAUGGAACACGACAGACGGCGCUACUGGUUACUAAUUAGUUACUAACGCGUGAGUGAUCAGUUCCAAGUGAUUCGACUGUCGAGUCACUUCCAAGUUGCGUCACCCUAGAAUUGUGUGAUUUUUUUAAAAUCAAAUAUUUUCUUGUUUUAUUUUCCUUCAUAAAUUAAACAAUGAGCGAACAAAAACUUAACAUAAAGUUUGUAGAAGAAGUGGAGAAACAUCCGAUUUUGUACAACUACACUCUUCCUGGCUAUUCUAGGAAGGAUGAGACGGAAAUAGCAUGGAACGAAGUUGGAAAAACUGUAAAUAUGACAGCGGCUGAAUGCAAAGAAAGAUGGAAGAAUAUUCGAGCGGUUUUUGUGCGAAACAUGAAACCUGCCCCAAGUGGUGCAGGAGCGAAAACAAAGAAGACAUAUUAUUUAAUGGAAUCUAUGCAAUUCACCGUACCAUAUAUAAAGGCAUUAGGUGCACCUUCAGGAAAUCUACCAAACCCACCAGAACAAAAAGAAGAUAAGGAAUCUGAAGAAAAUGAUUCGACCGCCAACGAAGAAAACGUUUUGGAACCACAAUGUUCAUUUCAACAACCGCCAACCCCAUCUCUACCAUAUCCAUCUUCACCGUUACCAUCACCUACACCACAACACACAACUGAAAUGUCUCAAAGCAAGAAGAACACUACUCACAGUCAACCUGAGCCUUUUCCAUCAAAUCUGCCAAACCGAAAACGUGGCUUUAAGAACCCAGUUGAUAAAGCAUUCCUCGAAUACUUCGAAACCAAAAGAGCCAGAGCGCUAAAUUCAUCUGAUCAUAUGAAGCAGGAUCCAAAAACAGAAGGUUUGAAAAUGUUUUUACUUAGCAUGCUACCAGAUCUUCUCAAAAUGUCAGACGAAGGAGUACGACUUUUCAAGCGAAGAGCCCUGCAGUCUGUUGAUGACAUUUUAUCACACAGUUUGGACUACACACCAUCAAAUACAUUUUCAGCCUCAUCUACACCUUCGACACACUCUGAAAUGAUGUAUAUACCUCAGAAUGCAAAUGUGAAUAAUACUUCGCAAUUAAACAGACUAGAAACCUCAACCAGUCAAAGCACAGCACAGUUUUAUGAAGCAGUAAAUGAAGCUUUGAGUGAAGUUAACCAAGAGGAAUACAAUACACAAUUAUUUAAUCAAUAACAUGUUUGAAAGUUAACCGUAGCUUUUACAUUUAUUUUAUUUUUAAAUUAUUAUUAAAAAGUGUUUAAUAAUUAAAAAGGUUGUAUUUUAUAAUUUG